AAGCCACGUAAAGCCCGUGUUAAUCAAACUCGGAGCUAAUGAACGCUCAGCCCCUUCCGAGCGAUGCCUGGGGGGAGUGCGCAUGCGUCUUCCAGAUUUGUACUUUGAGUCCACAGGUUAUUUUGCAGAAAGAAUGUGACUUGAGAAAGUUAAUGUGAAAUCAAUGUUGAACUUGGUUAACUGCCAUCAAGAUUUGUAGACUAAAAAUAUUUCUUCUCCAAUUUACCUCUGGAUUAAUAUCAAGAUACUUUAAGAAUGUCUAGCAAAGAAGUGAAGACUGCCCUAAAAAGUGCAAGAGAUGCAAUCAGAAACAAAGAGUACAAAGAAGCUUUGAAACAUUGCAAGACAGUGUUAAAGCAAGAGAAAAAUAACUAUAAUGCCUGGGUUUUCAUUGGUGUUGCUGCAGCUGAACUAGAGCAGCCCGAUCAGGCCCAGGGUGCCUAUAAGAAAGCCGCAGAACUGGAGCCAGAGCAGCUUCUUGCUUGGCAGGGGCUAGCAAGUUUGUAUGAGAAGUGUGAUCACGAAAAUGCUAAGGGUGAUUUAUGCGGUGUUUACCAAAAGCUGCUGGAUCUCUAUGAAAGUGUUGACAAGCAGAAGUGGUGUGAUGUCUGUAAGAAACUUGUGCACCUGCAUCACCAGGAGAAGAGAUACCUAGAGGUGGCUCGGACAUGGUAUAAAUUGAUAAAGACACGGCAGGAAGAUGGAGCAGACAAGCAGGAGCUCAGGGAGCUGUGGAGAAGACUGAUUGAGUUGCUAGCUGAGAAUGCAGAGGACCAGGACAAUGAAACACAGCAGAUGCUUUUAACUGCAUUUGAGAAUGCGCUGGACUUAGCAGAUAGUAUUCCCAGUGAGGAUCACCAAGUACUCUAUAGGCAUUUCAUUCAGCGCUUGUCUAAACUUCCUCAUGAGACUGCAAGAUUAAAGAACGCCUGUGAAGGAAUGAUAAAUGUCUACCCCACUGUACAGUAUCCUCUAGAAGUAAUUUGUUUGCACUUGAUUGAGUCAGGGAGUCUGACAGAUGAAGGACAGCAGUAUUGUUGUAGGCUAGUAGAAAUGAAUUCAGAAAGUGGUCCAGGCCUCAUUGGCUUGGGCAUUAAAGCUUUACGAGACAAGAAGUAUGAAGAUGCUGUUAGUCACCUAACAGAAGGCUUGAAAGACAUCCCUUUCUGCGUAGCUGCCUGGUGUCAUUUAGCUGAAGCCCAAGUCAGAAUGCACAGACCCAAAGAAGCUAUUCUUUCCUGUGACCAAGCACUGAAGAGCAUAGAUAACCACAGUGCAGCAGGGAGCAGACGUCAUCAGAAGAGUCUGUGUCUUCUUCUGAAGGCUGAGGCUUUGCUUAAACUCUCAGACUGUGAAUCUUCAGAGGAAGCAAUUCGUGUUCUUGAUCAGGUUUCGGAUACAGAUAAUAUCCCAGGACUGCUGGUUCUUCAAGGCCUAGCCCAUCUGAACACAGGUGCUAUAGACAAGGCUACAAAGAUUAUGGAAGACCUUCGAGCUUCUUACCCUGACCUGGCCGAAGUUCCCGCACUUGAGGCUUUGAUUCAUUUUGCUAAGAAGGACUAUCUGCAAGCAGAAGCAUGUUUCCAGAGAGCACUUGAGAGAGAUGGUGACGUUGCUGAGUAUCAUUACCAGCUUGGGCUGACAUACUGGUUCAUGGGUGAAGAGACAAGAAAAGAUAGAGCAAAGGCUCUUACCCACUUUCUGAAGGCUGCAAGACUGGAUACAUACAUGGGUAAAGUUUUCUGCUAUUUAGGUCAUUAUUACCGCGAUGUAGCUGGAGAUAGAAACAGAGCCCGCGGAUGUUACAGGAAAGCUUUUGAAUUAGAUGACACCGAUGCUGAGUCUGGAGCAGCAGCUGUUGACCUAAGUGUGGAACUUGAAGACACGGAAACCGCGUUAGCAAUCCUAACAGCAGUAACUCAGAAGGCGAGUGCUGGAGCCGCGAAGUGGGCCUGGCUGCGGCGAGGACUGCACCACCUGAAAGCUGGCCAGCACUCUCAAGCCGUGGCUGAUUUGCAGGCAGCACUGAGGGCAGACCCAAAGGACUGCAAUUGUUGGGAAGCCUUAGGAGAGGCAUACUUAAGCAGGGGCGGCUACACAACAGCCUUGAAGUCUUUCACAAGAGCCAGCGAGCUGAACCCCGACUCCACGUACAGUGUGUUUAAAGUAGCAGCAAUACAGCAAAUCCUAGGCAGGUAUACCGAGGCCAUCACUCAGUAUCAGCUGAUCAUUAAAAAGAAAGAGGAUUAUGUGCCCGCCUUGAAAGGUUUGGGCGAAUGCCAUCUGAUGAUGGCGAAAGCAGCCUUAGUGGAUUUUCUGGAUGGAAAAGCUGUAGACUAUGUGGAAAAAGCACUGGAAUACUUUACUUGGGCACUGCAGCGUCAAGCUGAUGUGUCCUGCCUCUGGAAGCUUGCUGGGGAUGCCUGCACCAGCCUGCAUGCUGUCUCACCGUCUAAAGUGCACGUUCGUGUCUUAGGAGUGCUUCUUGGCCAGCAGGAAGGAAGUGAAGCAUUGAAGAAAGAUGAGCUCCUGCAUCUAGGAGGAAGGUGUUAUGGUCGGGCAUUAAAGUUGAUGUCUACAUCUAAUACAUGGUGUGAUCUUGGAAUUAACUAUUACCACCAAGCACAACAUCUAGCAGAGACAGGCAGCAGCACGGAUGGCCUUACAGAGCUACUGGAGAAAUCUGUGCAUUGUUUGAAAAAGGCAGUGAGACUGGACAGUAAUAAUCACUUAUACUGGAAUGCUCUUGGUGUGGUUGCAUGUUACCGUGGUAUUGGAAAUUAUUCUCUUGCUCAACACUGUUUCAUCAAAUCGAUCCAGGCAGAACAAAUUAAUGCUGCCGCAUGGACCAACUUAGGAGUGCUGUACCUUGCUACAGAAAACAUUGAGCAAGCUCAUGAAGCUUUCAAAAUGGCUCAGUCCCUUGAUCCAUCUUAUUUAUUGUGCUGGAUUGGACAAGCUCUUAUUGCAGAGACAGUUGGAAGUUAUGAUACCAUGGAUCUCUUCAGGCACACUACAGAGCUCAGCAUGCAUACUGAAGGAGCCAUAGGUUAUGCAUAUUGGGUUUGUACAACAUUACAAGACAAAAGCAACAGAGAAACAGAACUGUACAAAUACAACAUCCUCCAGAUGAACGCUGUCCCUGCAGCACAGGGGGCUCUGUGUAAAUACGUGGAAAGAGUUCCAAAUUACGCUCCAGCUUUCACAAUGUUGGGUUAUUUAAAUGAGCAUCUACAGUUAAGAAGGGAAGCAGCAGAGGCAUACCAAAGGGCAGCUUUGCUGUUACAUUCUACGGAAGAUCAACAUACUUACAAUGUUACAGUGAGAAACUGGGGCAGAUUGUUGUGUUCCAUUGGUGAGUAUGACAAAGCUGUCCAGGCCUUCAAGUCUACGCCCCUUGAGGAACUGGAGGACAUCGUAGGCUUAGCAUUGGCAUUGUUUAUGAAGGGACUGUAUAAGGAGAGCAGCAAAGCCUAUGAGAGAGCCUUGACAGUUGUCAAAUCAGAGCAAGACAAAGCUCAUGUCUUGACAGCUCUGGCAAUAACAGAAUACAAACAAGGACAAAUGGAUGCAGCCAAGUCAUUGCUUUUCAAAUGCUCUAUUUUAAAGGAGCCAACCACAGAAAGCCUUCAAACCCUGUGCGCUCUCGGGUUGGCAGUACAGGACACUACACUGUCAAGAGCAGCGCUAAAUGAGUUCCUGAAGCACACAACGCACAAAAACGAUUACCACAGAUGCCUCCUUACUUCAGCCAUCUGUGCACUGCAGGGCCGCAGCGUGGCGGUGCAAAGACAGGCCGCCAAGGCUGUCCACAGUAACCCUGCUGACCCAGCUCUUUGGUCUCUGCUGUCUCGAGUUGUUGCUCAGUAUACUCAACGGAAUGCAAAGGGAGGAGCUGUUGCCGGCGCCGUGGCUCAUGUUCUGGACGCAAAUCACGGAAAGAAGGCAUUAUUGUAUACUGCAGUAAACCAGUUGGCCAUGGGAAGCAGUACAGCAGAAGAUGAAAAAAAUAUUUCUUUAAAGACCUUUCAGAAAGCAGCUCUCCUUUCUCCAGAUGACCCUGCUGUCUGGGCUGGGCUGAUGGCAGCCUGCCAUGCUGAUGAUAAACUGGCCUUGGUCAGCUGCACUCAGCCAAAGAGGGCAGAUUUGCACUUGGCACUGCUCUCUGCUGUUUCUGCCUCACUUAAGAACAAAGACAUUUUGCAAAAUUACAACCAGUCACUUGAAAAGUGGUCUCUCUCACAAGCUGUCACUGGUCUAAUUGACACAGGAAGAAUAUCUGAAGCGGAGUCUCUGUGCACAAAGAAUUUAAAAAGUAACCCUGAUCAGCCAGCAGUUAUCUUACUGUUGAGACAAGUUCAGUGUAAAUCACUGCUGGAGUCACAGAAGCCCCUCCCAGAUGCUGUGCUCGAAGAACUGCAAAAAACAGUCGUGUCCAAUUCUACCUCUGUUCCAGCGUGGCAGUGGUUGGCACAGGUGUAUCAGUCCCAAGGAAUGAUGGGUGCUGCAGAGAUGUGUUACAGGAAGAGUCUACAAGUGGCAUCCCAGCAGGGCAAUUGGAGUGGGAAGCUCUCGAGUCUGCUGAAGCUCGCACUGCUCGCAUUGGAAGUGUGCAUGGCUAACGUUUCUGGUGAUCACUGGUCAUCCUUGCUUCAAGAGGCAACAAGCGAGGCCUUGAAAAUUUGCUUUUGUCCUCUGGCUGUGUUCUUGCAAGCUUUGUUACAGUUCAACCGCAAGAUGGGAGCAAGAGAGACACGGAGACUCUUGGAGAGAGUAGUGUAUCAGUCUGGCUAUCCCAACUCAAUUGUAUCCACUGCGCGUUGGUACCUCUUAAGACACCUCUAUGCCAAAAACGACCAUGAGCUCAUUGACGUGUUGGUGAAAAAUGCUGAAGCUAAUGGUGACAAAAGAACAUUGGAACUGAAUGAGAAGCUGUCAUCACAGUGAGCGUGGUUGUGAGACUCCUGUAAAAACUGAAGAAAAUAGGACGAGGCCAUCAGUCAAGACUUCUCACCUGAACAACAUGUUCUAGAGCUAGUUGUAUCAGCUGGGCCUGGUAGCAUACACCUUUAAUCCCAGCCCAGCAGAACUGAGGGGAUGUCUGUGAGUUCCAGAGCAGCCUGCAGUACACAGUGAGAUUCCAUCUUGAAAUAAUUAAAAAAAAACAAACAAAUAAAUUAAAAGUUGCAGUUUUAAUCAUCCAUUGCUUUUCCUCCCCCACCCCCUUUUUAAUCUAGAGAAGUUGAAGUUCUUAAGUUAGAGGUGCAGCUUUCCAGUAACCCUCCAUCUGCCGCUUUUAGUCUUAAAGACCUUUCUGACUUGGUCCUUAAAAAAGAAGAAAACCUUCAUUCCCUUAGUUUUUUGUUUGUUUGUUUGUUUGUUUGUUUGUGUACUUUUUUUUUAGAUAGUUUCUCUGUGUAGCCCUGGCUACCCUGGAACUUGCUCUGUAGAGUAGGUUGCCCUGGAACUCAGAGAUCCAACUGCCUCUGCCUGCAGGUGCCGGGACAAAAGGCGUGCGCCACCAACCCAGCACAAACUGUUAGUUUUUACAUUUGCAUGGGUAUAAUAGGGUAUCCUUUGGAGGUUGCCUCUUACAAUAAAGCCUUUGUAGCCAUUUUACAAAAUAAUAUGAAAAAGUAAAUUUUAUUAUUUUUUAAAUUCCAGAGUUCUUCAGACCAAGUCUUGGUGAAAUACACAGGUGCUCUUGCUAGUCUUGCUAGUUCCACCUCAGACUCUGUGAAGAAGCAGUGUAUGGAUGCGUGCAAGGUGCAGAGUUUAGCAUGUUCCGUUAUCUGGUGCAUUUACAAACAAAUAUUAAUGAAACAUUUGUUAAAAAUGAUGCUGAUAAUUAAUUAUUUGCGCAAUUUCUUUGUUCAUGAUGAAAAGGCAUUAACUACGUGAAAUAAAACAAAAAUCAGUGUCUUAUUUUUCAUAUUAUCAAUAUGAGUCAUAGUUUUUAAGUUUUGGGUUUUUAAAACUUAAAAGCAGAGUUACCUAUUUUUUUCAAAAAGUGAUUUAUAUAUUUAAAUAUCCUGUGUGUCACUUACUUUGGAUUGUGGUUUUCAAUAUUCCAAUGGGCAUGGUGGUACAUGCCUUUAAUACCUGCACAUGAGAAGCAGAGGCUGGCGGAUCUCUGAUUUGAGAUUGGUCUGGUCUACAUAGAGAGUUCCAGGCCAGCCCAAAUUGCAUAAUGAGGUCUCAGAUGUAAAUAUUUAUUGUACAGGGGUGUAUGGCAGUAUAAUUUAUUGUGUGCUUUUUCUAAGCCAGCGGGCUCCUUGUAUUAUUUUGUGAAAUCCUAUGAAGUGGUAAUAUCUUCUAAUUGAAUUGUACUUCAGAGGUUAUUCUCUUAGACAGAACUGUAACCUGGUUUCCCCAGCUGUGGUAGAAAUUAUAGUCACUGAUAGCUGUUUAGUCGGAGGCCUUGGGAUGGGAGGGGUCAGGACUCAGCGUUCAGAUGGAGCCUGAGGCGGUUGGAGCUGAACACACAGUGUCCUCUGCUUGUUUGGUCUUUGUCCUGCUCCCUGUGAGCUGGUCCAGUGCUUGCAGCCCCACCCACAGGCAGCUGGAGAUGCUCUGCAGUAGGUGACUGUGGAGCUGGGUCCCUGUCCUUCUGUCUCCUCCUGCUGAUGGGGCUGCUGCCAUCUGCCCGUUUUAGGCACAGCCCUGCCGUCCACUGCCUUCUGGGGGUCACCCCCUUCCCCAUUUAGAUUAUGUCACCAAUUUGUGGUUUAGAAAAUGCGUUCACUUAGGAUUUGCGUAGUGAGGAUCACGCAUCAUGUGUUUAGUUUUGCUCCAGGCACAUUUAAGUGAUAACCUUUGUAUUCUUUUGACAAUUCUGGCUUACAGGGACCUGGAACCUGGAGUUUUGUGGAAAUCAGGGUGGUAAAUAUGUCUUUAAUGCCAAAUCAGGAUAUUUAGUCUUUGUUUUCUCUUUUCAUUUAGAAUGUGCACAUGAAUGUUAUUUUGUGCCAGCCUUGAGAUCAUCAUCUUUCCUUACUUUCCCCUUUAAUAUUGAUGUUAAACAACAGUCUUAAAAAAGUCAGUUCGAAGCAAGUCAACAUUAUAAAACUGUGAAAAAUUGAGUUAAAUUAAAGCUGAUUUCUCCAAGGACUGAUACUCAGUUUUUCAUUGUCAUCACUAAGUUUGAUAUUAGAAUUGCAAUGUGUUUUCUCUUUUUUAAACUCACCAUUUAGCUACCGUUAGUCAACUAGAUAGUUAUAAUGUUAUUUGGCCCCCAAUGGUAGCCAUCUGUAGAAAACACAUUUUAGCUUGUAAGUGGAUUCUGGACCACUGUCUAUUUGCUUGGAAUCACUUUUUGUUUGUUUGUUUUUGUUUUGUUUUGUUUGCUUGUUUGUUUUGCAGUGUCUCUUUAUUUUUGCUCAGAAAAAAAAAGUGAAGGGUUGUUUUCUUUUUGUACAUUACCAAAUGAGUGAUUGACAAAUGUUCUUUAAUUUGGGAUUCAUCAGCGCAAAGUAGGACUGGAUAGGAAAACCCAGUACAUCAGGACCAUAAAGUGUAUUAGUUGUUUGUUUGUUUGUUUGUUUGUUUACCUGCUGAUAAGAUACACAUUGAAAGGACCUGUCUGGCUAUCCAUAAGGCAUCUCCGUUCCUACUUGGAUGUAACUGUAGUAACAUAAAAAUGAGGCGGGUUUUAGAACAUCAGUGUAGAUUACAAAUAUGUGGAAAUUUUGUUUUUGUCAAGUUCACUCUUGCUUCUUUCCAGUCCUGCUCUUCCUUCUACUUGAGUUGCUAAUGGAAGAAACUCAGAUUCCUUCCCUGACAUUUGUUCUAAAAGGAAUCACUGGGUUUCAUAAAUGGCCCUUACUGUAUAGGAGGACGUGUUCCGUUUUUACUUACAUACUUAGAAAUAUGUGUUUAUAUUAUAGACUUUAUAUGGGAGAAGUAAGUGAGAACGUUGCAUCAUUUAAAUACGACACAUUCUUAGUUUGGAAAAUAGUCACAAGAGAGCUCUCAUAUGCUAUAGUUUUUGCCUGGUAAUUUUUAACUUCCUAAUGGGGAGUUGUUAAUAGCAGUAUUCUAAAUUCUAGUUUAUCCAAAUACCCUAUGCAACUGUUUAUAUUUUCAUAGAUACUACUUUUUUGCUUUGAAGUAUUUUUGAAAAGAAAUCAAUGCAAUGGGAAAACAAGUAUAUUUAUUAACAGGAGAAAUCACUUACACAAGAAGUUGGGAAGAUGAGAAGCCCUCGGAAACGUGGCCAGCAUCCAAGAGAGAUUUUGCUUUCCCUUCCCUUUUAUCUCCCACCUGUCCUAGGUAACCCUUUGGGGGCGUGGGAAGUAUCUUGAGUAUGUAUCCCUACAUAUUUUGAAGUAGAAACUUUCCUCAAGAAAUAGCCAUUGUUGCUCUAUUCAUAAAAACCAGGAAGCUGAGUCAGCCUAUUCAUCCAUAAACAGGCAAAGGAUAGGGCAGUCUGGUAUAUAUAGGCAUAUUUGGCUGUAAAGAAAAAUGAAAUUUGCAGGAAAAUGAAUGAGUCAGAAAAUUAAUAUAUUAAUUGAAGUAACCCAAACUCAGAAAGAUAAAACAUGUUCUCUUUCAAAUGUGGAUCCCAAUUUUAAGUUGUAUACGUGUAUACAUAUAUUGGCAUAAAUGAAGGUAUAGAUCAUAAAGGUAGAAAGGUCACCAUGAUGGGAGGAAGUUUCAGUAGGCAAAGAGAGCCUAAUAGAAUUUAUGCGACAUUAAACUGGUUAAAGGAACAUCCAGUGACAGAAGGGCACAAGUAUUGGGGUGCAGGGCCCGGGGAAGGAGAGCUGGAGAGGAGGGACAGCCAAGGCAAAAUAAGUAUGAAACAAUGGUGUAGGGCAGCGGAUGACUGCUGGGUGGGAGGUUUUUCUCUUAGAAGUGUGGCCAGGGGUAGGUUACCCAUGUUCCAGUGGAUGUUGCUACGCCCAUGUGCAUAUGAUCACCAUUAAUUGUACUUGGUGAGUUACAGAAGAAAAAAAAGGCAGGUGGUUGGUAAGGAGAUGUACUGAGGAAGUUGGAGAGGACUGUGAAUGGUGAUCAAAAUACCUUGUGUUGGUGGAUGAAAUUCUCAAAGAAUAAAUAAACGUUUUUUUUAAGUGCCA